AGAAGCAGAAAUAUAUUAUCACUUCCAUCGACAGUCACAGCGAGAGAAUCAUCCUCGGCUCCUUUUGAUUUUUCUUUUCUUUUCUUUUUAUUUUCUUUUAUUUUUCCUUUCUUUUUCUUCGACUUUCAAAAACGUCCAAAAUUCUCUUCGUCGCCGCAGAAAAAAAAAGACAGCAAAAGGAGAAGAAAAAGUCGCAGAGAAGAGGAAGAAGAGGAAGCAGAAAAGAAGAAUAAUAAUAAGAGAAGAAGAAGAGAAGAAGAAGAGAAACAUCCCCAGCUGUUUCAUCUCGACUCUGCGCCGGCUGGAGAAGCAGCUCUCUUCCUCUUGGCCGCCGUCGCCUCCCCCUGCGGCUUGUGGCUGUGGCCGCCGUCAUCUCGCAUAUCCCUGAGACGCAGAGAGAGCUACUCGCGUACUUACGUACUUCCCUUUCUACUCUGUCCUUUUGAUGCUGCUGCUGCUGCUGCUGCUGCUGUCUGGCAUCUCGCUUGCUGCGUCGUCUUGUGCUUCAUCUGCUGCUGCGAUCGCGCUGUUGCUUCCUUUUUUUUUUUUUUUUAUCUUUUUAUCUUUCACUCCUUCUGCUGCUGCUGCUGCGUUGAGCCAGAGACAAACGACAUACAAGACGGCCAAAAGAUAGAAAAGACAGCAAGACGACGAGAUAUCGAGUUAGACGACAGCCUGGAUGGUCUCGUCCGCGGUCUUCAGGGCAUCGACUACGACGAAGAGCUCCCUCCUCCUCCUCCUCCAACAUCUCAGCCAACAGUCACUAUGCGGCGCGGCCUGCUCAUCUUCCUCCUCAUCAACACGGUCAUCAUCCUCUUCCUCGUCCGCAGCGUCUUCACCUUGCUCACCUUGCUCGUCGAGGAUGCCACCGACGACGCUAUCCAGAACGUCGAGCUCCCCGGGGUCAACUCCAGCCUCAUCGACCUGCGGCCCCAAUUGAUCCCCAAGAUCAUCCACCAGACCUACAAGAACGAGAGCAUACCUGAGAUAUGGGUUGGCCCGCGGAACGGCUGCAUAGAGAUGCACCCAGACUACGAAUACAUCCUCUGGACGGACAAGAAAUCAAGGGACUUCAUCGCCGAGCACUACCCAUGGUUCCUCACCACGUUCGACAACUACCCCUUUCCCAUCCAGCGGGCGGACUCGAUCCGCUACUUCAUUCUCGCACACUACGGUGGCACAUACAUUGACCUUGACGACCCUCCCCAUCUCCCACUUUUACCCCCUAUCUACCUUUAUACGAAUGAGAAGAAGAGGAAGAAGAAGACGACGAAGAAAAAGACGAACAACAUCAAGAAGAAGAAUGCGAUUGGUGCUAAUGCAGUGCAAUAUAUGCAGGGUUGCAACCGACGCCUUGACCCGCUGCUCUCUUACCCUGCCUGGGUACGCCGGACAGCCCCUACAGGCAUCUCCAACGAUGCCAUGGGCUCUGUCCCCAACCACCCUUUCUUUCUGAGGGUUAUCAAGUCACUGCAGGCAUAUGACCGCGCCUGGGUGCUCCCUUACAUCACCGUCAUGUACUCGACCGGCCCGCUCUUCCUCUCCGUCAUCUGGAAGGAAUACAAGAACACCGACCCGGACGGCGUCAACCGUGUGCGAGUUCUGCUGCAGGAUGCGUACAACCGCCACUCCUGGAGUUUCUUCACUCACCACCCUGGCAGCAGCUGGCACGGCGAGGAUGCACAGCUCAUCUUCUGGACAUUGGUCAUGCAGAUGGGGAGCCAUUGGAUGCUCAUCACCUUCUCCGGUUUUCUCGCGGCAGGCAUCGUCGGCCUGGCGCUCUGGCGAAUCUACCGUCGCGUCCUGUCCCUGGGCUCGAAGCACGCCCGUUACACACCCCUCGCAUCAGGCACAUCGUCACCACGCCGCUCCCUCUCACCCUCGCGCCGCAAGAUGCGCAUCCUUCCACUCUUCUUCCAACGGUCACAUGCCAAGAAGGAGGACGAAGAGAUCGGACCAGACUCGCCGUACGAAUUGGGGAAUCGAUAG